CACAAACUGGAAUCUGAGGAACAGAAUCCAUUCCUUCAGUUCUUGAGUUUUAUGUGGAACCCCCUGUCAUGGGUGAUGGAAGCUGCUGCGCUCGUCGCUAUCGUACUUUCAAACAGUCAGGGCAAACCCCCUGACUGGCCUGAUUUUGUCGGCAUCGUUCUCUUGCUAUUCAUCAACUCUGCCAUUGGUUUCUACGAAGAACGUAACGCUGGAAAUGCCGUCAAGGCUCUUAUGGACUCCUUGGCACCUAAAGCCAAGGUUAGAAGCGACGGCCAAUGGUCAGAAAUCGAGUCAUCCAUUCUCGUCCCUGGGGAUAUGGUGUCAUUCAAAAUCGGUGAUAUCGUCCCAGCCGAUUGUCGUCUGACGGAGGCCAUCAAUGUUUCUAUUGAUCAGGCCGCUUUGACAGGUGAGUCACUGCCUCAGUCCAAGAAAACGGGCGACCAGUGCUUUUCGUGA